GAUAACUGAAAUCGGCGCGGUCUGUGCGAGGGCUCCUUUCCAAGAUUACGAGGCUGCGAUCGCCCUCCCUUUACUCUCUCUCUCUCUCUUCUGUUCGGGAACGAUUGAAGACAUGGACCAGGUGACGCAUCUCUGCCGGAGGCGAUUCCACCACGUCAUCAAAUGUCCCAGAACGAGCGACCGAGUGAGCUUCGCCCUCAUCGGCUCUGCGUGGGAUCGGUCGGGCUCGCUCUCCGGUAGAGAAGUCGUCGGCGAAAGCGGCGAGGAGGGAGCGCAGGAGGAGCGGGAGCACGACGGCGAUUUUACAGACGUCAUUCUCUUUCUUCUGCCUGCCGGCUGCUCGAGAUACAUCGGUAUCCCGUCCGAGAAGGUCUGUGACGAGGAAAAUGUCCGACUAAUCGCCAUUGACCGGCCUGGGUGCGGAGCGACAACGAUGUGCCCUUUGCCGGAAAGGCUGGAGAGGUGUACAAAGCAUACACUUAGCAUCCUCGACCACCUCGCCCCUCGGCUGCGAUCAAGACGACCGCUGAAGCUCCUCUCACACUCUGCCGGUUUCCUCUACGCCAUGCACCUCUUCUCCCAUACACCCGCAGACACGCUCGUCAGACUAUUUGGAGAGGAGCCACGCUACCUGGCCUCAUCUGCCUUUGUCCCCACGCACAUCUCUGGCUCCUCGAUGUCGUACCUGCCUCGAUCGCUCGUUGCAAUUGCGCCCACUGCACUGCCCUUUAUGAUGGACGCCUUUUCGGCCAUCUCGACGGGCGCCAGCGCCCUCCUCACGUCGAGCACCUUGGCUGCGACUACAGUUGCUUCCGGCUUCAGGUCCAAGUCAACGCUCGAAGACGAGGAGAGCGAGGCGGAGCUCAAGGCGGCGCGCAAAGCGGAGCGCAAGACGGCCAAGAGCAUGAAGAAGAAGCCCGACGCCGAAUUCUGGCCUCCUUAUCCACCCAUUUCCAUCGUCGAGCCCAAUCUUGACGACGAAGAAGAAGCUCAGAACGAGUGCCUACACCCAGCCACAGGCAAACCGCUGACGGAAAAGGACACCCUUAUGUUUGACAUGAUGCGCGCAGAGAAUGCCUUCGUCGGCUUCACCCAGGACUACCUCCUGUGCCUGGGGAAGGAGCCCACCAUGGACAAUGUCGGACUAGAGAAGCUGUCUAGAGAGACGAUCGAAGGCCUGGCCACCAACAACGUCUUUCAAAAGUUGCACGCCAAGGUGCUGUGGGGCGACCAGGACGCUAUUACGCCGAAAAAGGGCAGAGACUGGCUCGACGGCGUCUUUGACCACGCCGUCGCGCUUCCAGGUUCUAAGCUCGAGGUGUCUGCUUGGAUUAUGGCAGAUGCUGGACACGAUCAGACCAUUACAACAAAGGCUGUCAUGAAGAGGGCCAUUCGAUGGAUGUUGGAUCGCGAGUGAAGAAGGAAGAAGAGAGCGCUUUCUUUACACGUGAAAUUGAAUAGAAAUUGGG